AGAGGGACGGAGAGUCUCUAAAGAACUACAUGAGCAGGUUCAAUGAUGCGGUGUUGGAGGUUAAUUCCUUCGACCAAGCUGUGGGCAUUGCAGCUGUAAUCUCUAGUCUCAAACAUGACAGGUUCCGAGACAGUUUGAUCAAACAUGCUGCCACCACCUUUAGCGAGGUAAACGACAGAUCUCUGAAAUUCAUAACUGCUGAGGAAUACGCCCUGGCGCAAAACCCACCUUCCUCUAAGAACCAAAACCCAGAAUGGAGAGAUGACAAUCCGAGCCGGAAAAGGAUGAGAAUGGCGCAGAACCGAGGUCCGAUGUUGACCUCCCCAACGAGAUUCGGAAGGACGAACUCAACACCUCCACAACAAUCUGCAGGUAAACCUCCAGUUAAUUGGACUCCCUUUAAUCUGCCGAGGUCACAAAUUUUUAUGCAGAUCAAGAAUAAAAUGGAUUUAAGGCGUCCUAGCCCAAUGAAAACUACUACUGCUAGUCGAGACCACACCAGAUAUUGUGAUUUUCAUCAAGAUCACGACCAUACUACAGAGCAGUGCAACAGCUUAAAGUCCGAACUGGAAAGUUUAGCUCAGAAGGGAAUGCUAAAUGAGUAUGUUCAGAGAGCUGAACAGCCGAGGUUUAUCAGAGAACAGAGGCCGCAGCCUCAAGGAGUCCGCAAUCCCCCAAAUAGGCAAGGUGUAGGAUAUCAGCAAGCCCCACCUCCACUCCCACCACCAGCUAGAAUCAUACAUAUGAUUACGGGAGGCCUUGAAGCAGGUGGACUGAGCUCUAAGCAGCGAAAGCUGUAUGUCAGGGAGCCCAUUACUUUCACGUCUGCUGAUCUCGAUACAGUUGUCACACCCCAUAAUGAUCCCUUGGUCACUUCUGUCAUGAUUAACAACUGUGAAGUACAGCGUGUCCUUGUUGACACCGGGAGUGCACCAGACAUCAUGUACUUCCACUGUUUCGAGAGUCUGGGACUGGAUCCAGCAUUGUUGCAGAAAUAUGAUGGUCCUAUCUAUGGUUUCAACAACCAACCUAUUACGGUAGAAGGAGUUCUUACUCUACAUGUGGCUUUUGGGAGUGGCAGGACCUAUGUGACCCCGUCGGUCCGGUUUCUUGUAGUAAAGAUGGCGUCCUCUUUCAACAUUGUUAUUGGCCGACCCACACUGACUGAAAUCCGAGCUGUAAUUUCCCAAUCUCACCUCUGCAUGAAGUUCCCAACUCCUAUGGGAAUAGCAACACUGCGAGGAAACCAGGAGGUGGCCAGGCAUUGUUAUAUCACCUCGGUAACACAACCCAUGAAGGGCAAAGCUCAGACACCCGAGGCCAUUCCUCAGCAAAUUCCUGAUAAUCAGCAAGUUAUGGGUGUUGAGAUCGUAGACAAUCGACCAGAAGAUGAAACCAGAGCUGCUCCGGUCGAAGAUGUUGAAGAAGUGCUCAUUGAUGACAGAGAUCCGAGCCGAAAGACGCAGAUCGGAACUAGAUUGAACCCAGAGGAAAAGGCAGAGCUAAUAGCUUUUCUCCGAGCUAAUAAUGAUGUAUUCGCAUGGACUUCAGCAGAUAUGCCAGGAAUUCCAAAUUCAGUCUCUCAACAUAAGCUCAGCACCAAUCCAUUGAAGAAACCAGUGGUCGAGAAGCAGCGUCUCUUUGGGGGUGAGAGGCUUCAGGCUAUUAAAGACGAGGUAGAGAAGCUCCUACAGGCUGGUUUUAUCAGGAAAGUUGAUUACUAUGAAUGGGUGGCUAACCCAGUUCUGGUGAAGAAGGCAAAUGGCAAAUGGCGAAUGUGCAUUGAUUACACAAAUCUUAACAACGCCUGCCCUAAGGAUUGCUAUCCAAUGCCGAGCAUUGACAAAUUAGUUGAAGCGGCUUCAGGCAAUGAGAGGUUAAGCCUUUUGGACGCAUAUUCGGGGUAUCACCAAGUGCCAAUGGCUCCAGAAGACGAAGAGAAAACCGCGUUCUAUGCUAGCGAUGAAAUUUAUUGUUAUGUCAUGAUGCCGUUUGGCUUGAAGAAUGCAGACGAGCUCAACAACGUCCUCUGGGCAUACAGAACCACGAGCCGAACUGCUACAGGUGAAACACCCUACCACCUGGCCUUUGGUACCGAAGCAGUUAUUCCUGUUGAAAUAGGAGUCCCAAGCUUCUGGGUCACCCAUUUCGAUGAAGGACGAAAUGGACAACUGCUUCGAGAAAACCUUGAUCUACUUGCUGAAGUCAGAAAAGAAGCUCAGCUUCGAACUCUUGUAUACAAGCAGAAACUAGCCAACUUCUAUAAUAAACGGGUCCGCCCUCGCACAUUCAAAAUAGGAGAUCUUGUUCUCAGAAAAGCUGGCCUAACAGGGUUUGAAACUCGUUUUGGCAAACUCGCCCCGAAUUGGGAAAGCCCUUAUACCGUGGCCGAGGUGCCAUAUCCUGGUGCCUAUGUCCUCCAAGACGCUGAAGGAAAGAAAGUUCCUAGAGUCUAGAAUGUCAAUAACUUGAAGAAAUUUUACCCCUAAUAAAAUUCUUUCAAGAAAUCUGUCUUACAGUUCUUAUUUAGUGAUUAUUGAAAUUCAUUUUAUCUCUUAUUCCAUGUAUCCGAGGUCAAUCAGUACUUAAAUCUCACUUCUGAUUAAUAAAAGUCACUUCACAUG